CGCCACAAUAUCCGGACGACACGGGAAGCUAGACGAUGCCACCACCGCAAGCCGACGACGAUCGAGCCGAUAGAUUUCUUGGGGCGCGUCCGCGGCGAGGCCUGCGACUCGGCUACGUUAUACUCCCUCGGCGCCGCGUUCGCGAACGACACGCGCGUCGUCGUCGCGACGUACGAGGCGUUCCGAAACGACGCCGGCGGCGAGUUGACGCGCGUCUUCCGCGAGCUCGGCCUUGACGCGUCGGCGGCGCGCAAGACGCCGCCGCGGACCAUGAAGCGUUCGCCCGAGGCCCUGUCACGCGCUGCGUGGAAAUCGAAUUUCAGGCGCCCCACGCCAUCGACGCGACAUUGUCCUUGUGACUGCGCCCCACACAGGUCACGCGUCUUCGCCAACCACAAGGACCUCGCGCGGGCCCUCAAGCGCUGGGCGCCCAAGGGCUGCCGUUUAGAAGGAAUGAUCCUGGACACGAAGGGGACGCGGUCAUUUAGGUGCAACGCGGCGAAGGCGUGCGACCACUUCAGGGAACUCGAGCGCGCGUGCCGGGGGGCCGGGGAGUGUUAG